AUGCCGAAAAGGAAGACAGGUGCAGCAAAGAAGAAGGAUCGGCAGAAACAGCAUCAAGUGGGCUUGCGCAACAGACAAGCAGAAAUCGACCUGGCAAAGGAGCCAUGCAAUGCAGACAUGGUUUGCGAUGCUUGCGGUACAAAGCAGCGAAACAGGGCCUUCUGCUAUUUUUGCAACGCCACACAGCGGGUCCCAUGCUGUGCAGAGUGUGGCUCGACCAAAUGCAUGGGUAGGGAUUGUUGCGUGCCACAUGGGGGCAAGAAUGCCACCGGGAUGGCCCUGGUGGGAGCCGUGUGCGAUCACUGCGAGGCGUGGGUGUGCCACUCCCGGAAAUGCCUCAGCACGCACGCAUGCAGGUGUCCCAUUGCAGGCGCAGUCUGCACAGAGUGUGAGCGCAGCGUCUGGGAACAUGGAGGCCGCCUGUUCACGUGCGCCACCUGCGCGAACUGGAUAUGCGAGGAUGACCAGCUGGAGCACCAGGCCAUGUGCCAGGUGCUGGAGAGCGAGACGGGCAAGUGCAUAUCAUGCAACCGGCUGGGGGUAUGGUCGUGCCUGCGCUGCAAGCUGGCCUUCUGCGAUACCCACGUCAAGUCCAAGCUCAGCAUGGCGCAGGCCGUCGGCCGCAAGGACCCCUACAAGUGCAAAAAAUGCGGGUACGAGCUGCAGGAGAGCAAGAUGCUGUCCAUGAGCACGCGCAAGCACGAGUACGGCCGCCAGACGCGCGACGAAGCCGCAGAGAGCGGGUGGGGCUAUGCUGCGGCUGCUAGCAGCAACCGCGAGGAGGCAUCAGGAUACACUGCAGGGUAUGGUGGAGGGUACACCGGAGGGAUGGGCGGGCUGGAUCUUGGAAACGACAGCGAGUCGGAGGACAGCGAUGAUGACUCGGAGGGCUCUGACUCAGAAGAGGAGUGAUCAACUGAGAGGCAGCCAAAGCAAGAGAUUGUGUGACACAUAUGGAGUGUCAGGCAACCUGCUAACCCUUGUUUGUCUUGUUGAACUAGUUUGGACUAGAGAUUGUUUGAGCUCCUAGCUAAAUUUUCUGGAGCAGUGAGAAUAACAGUCGACGUGACUGUGUGAAUCAGUUGUCAGUCUUGACUCAGUGAUCCCCAAUCCAGUGAUCGAGAGUGCGCCUCAGCGGGAUCAUUGUUCAACAAGUUGCUGUCGU